UUGGAUUUGCACACACACACAAACAAACAACAACAACAACAAAAACCAAACCACCACCACCAAAUCGACCCAAAAGCCCUCCGCACGCCCUCCCGGUUUGCACCGUGUGGAUGCGGCCCGGGCUGCGUGGCGAGAGCAGAUGCUGAGGGGCCGCAGGAGGAGGAUGGAGUGCACCCUCGAUGCGCAGAGUUUGAUCAGUAUUUCCCUGCGGAAGAUCCACAGCUCCCGCACUCAGCGAGGCGGCAUCAAGCUUCACAAGAACCUGCUCGUCUCCUAUGUGCUCCGCAACGCCCGCCAGCUCUACCUGAGCGAACGCUACGCCGAGCUCUACCGCCGCCAGCAGCACUACCCCGACGGAGCCCCGCUGCUCGCCGUUCCCCCUCCCUGCCCUCCUCCGCCGCCCUCCGCCCCUCCGGAGAUGCCCCCCCUGCCCGGCGAUCCCCACGAGCGCGACGUUCGGAGCUGCGCGGCGCUGCGGGGCGGCGCGGAACCGGGGCCGGAGGUACCGCUGUGCUCCGCCGCCCCCGAACUGCAGCACAGAGCGCCGUGCAGAGACUCCGCGGGGUUCUACCGAGCGGCCCCCGCCGGGCACGGAGCGGGACACGGUGCCGGGGCGGCCCCCCCUUACGCCGCCGCUUCCUCCGGUUGUGACUUUGGGAGCGGAGGAGGAACGCAGCAGCACUGUAGCAGCCGCACCACGGUGCUGGAUUUGGACACGCACGUCGUGACCACGGUGGAGAACGGUUACCUGCACCAGGAGUGCUGCUCGCAGUGCCCGUGCUGCUGCCAACCCGCGGCUCCGGGGCCCCCCUCCCCGCCGCCCCCGCCGGGCGCUAAGCGCAAGUAUUACCCGGGCCAGGAGGAAGAGGAGGGGGUGGAGGAAGGGGAGCCGGGGGGAGGCGGGGUGGCGGGCGGCCCCCAAUUCGCCCCGUGCACCAAACGCGCCCGCUUCGAGGAGUACGGCAGCGCCGAACACCCGCAGGACUCUUCCAACAUCUCCAACUUGAUCUCCAUCUUCGGCUCCGGUUUCACGGGGUUGGUGAGCCGGCAGCAGGCGGACUCGGAGCAGCCCCUCAACGGGCAGCUGUGCGGCAAGCAGGCGCUGGCCAGCCUGGGGGCCUGGACUCGGGCCAUCGUCGCGUUUUAGAGCUGAGAGGGGAGCGGAGGG